CGUUGAAUUGGCAAUAUUUUUAAAGUUAACAAAGAAUUACCGAGGCAAUAUUCAUAACAAUUAGUGAUAAAUCAAUUUAACAUUAAAUAUUGUUAACUACUACCAUUUUUUAUUAGAACCAUUAAUUAUUGCUCGUUACUCGAUCUUUUAUGGUUAUAUAUAAAAUUACUAUGUAUAAUUGCCCUAUUUAAAACCCAUUUUAAAUUAAAUUUUAUAGAAAGGUACUGAAUAUUAUGGAUCCGUAUCUGCAAACUGAUAAUCGUCGUCCAGUAUCUGGAUUUCAAGAUUUAAAUAAUGAAAUUGAUAGUAUUUAUAAUACUUAUACUCUGAAAUCUAAUCAUGAUAGUAUUGAUACUCUUGAUUCAGAUAAAGAUCGAGUUAAUUCAAAUUCAAAUUCAAAUUCAAAUUCAAAAUUUUUACAAUCUAUUAAUCAACAAUUGCAUAUCUCAUCAAGAUUAUCCUCAAUACAUUUACAAGAUGAUGAAAAUGUUGUAAGAAGUGCACCUGAAACUCCCAAUUCAUCGGAAUUUGAUUUUAAUCCUAGAAAUCAUGCUCCUCAUGCUUUAACAAAUUCUUCAUUAAAUGUAUUAUUAGAUACUCCAACUUCAGAGACAGAAUUUAAAAAGUUAUUUGGAUCUCCCCUUGAAUCUGCUAUAGAUGAUGAUGAUGAUGAUGAAGAAGAAGAAGAACAAGAUAAUAAUAAUAAUGGAAAUGGAGAUAAUAUACCUAAUCCCUCUAAUGAUAAAGAUAAUGACAAUGAGAAUUGGAAUGAAAAAGGAGCUGCAGUAAGAGAACUAAAGGAUUCAGUUAUUAUAAAACGUGGAGUACUGGAUUUUCAAUUUGGUAAACAAUUAGGUGAAGGAUCAUAUUCUACAGUAAUACUUGGAACUGAUAAACAUACAUCUAAACAAUAUGCCAUUAAAAUUCUUGAUAAAAGACAUAUUAUUAAAGAAAAGAAAGUUAAAUAUGUUAAUAUCGAAAAGCAUGCAUUAAAUCGUUUAAGUAAUAGAAUGGGAGUUAUUUCAUUAUAUUUUACAUUUCAAGAUAAAAGUUCAUUAUAUUUUGUAUUAGAUUAUGCAUCUAAUGGAGAAUUAUUAUCAUUAAUUAAAAAAUAUGGAACAUUAAGUGAAGAUUGUACAAAACAUUUUGGAGCUCAAAUUCUUGAUGCAAUAAAAUAUAUGCAUGAUAAUGGAGUUAUUCAUAGAGAUAUUAAACCAGAAAAUAUAUUAUUAGAUGAUAAAUUAAGAAUUCAAAUUACUGAUUUUGGUACAGCCAGAUUAUUAGAAAAGAAAAAUGAUGAAAGUGAAGAAUAUCCAGUAGAUGUAAGAGCAAAAUCAUUUGUUGGUACAGCAGAAUAUGUUUCACCAGAAUUAUUAGAAAAUAAAUAUUGUGGUAAACCUGGAGAUGUUUGGGCAUUUGGAUGUAUAAUUUAUCAAAUGAUUGCUGGUAAACCACCAUUUAAAGCUACAAAUGAAUAUUUAACUUUUCAAAAAAUUACAAAAUUACAAUUUGCCUUUAGUGCUGGAUUUCCUAAUGUUGUAAGAGAUUUAAUUAAACAAAUUUUAGUAUUACAACCAUCUAAAAGAGCAACCAUUCAACAAAUUCAAAAUCAUUUCUUCUUUCAAGAUAUAAAUUUUAAUGAUUUUAAUCUGAUUUGGUAUAAAGAACCUCCUGAAUUAGGACCUUAUAAAAUGACAGCAAAAUCAAUGAUGAAAAUUCCUGAAUUAUCUAAAUCUUCAUCUCAAGUUCAAGUUCCAUUAUCGAAAAAGAUUUAUAAAAAGAAUAAUAAUGGUUCAAAUUCAGAUAUUAUACCAGGAAAUAAAAAAUCAUCUAUUAAUGAUAUUAAACUGGUAAAUCCUGCAAGUGUUGCAGCAUUUGUAUUAAAUAAACGAGAUAAUGAACCUAAUUCAACCAGUGAAGAUACCACUAAUAAUGAUAGUCUGAAUGAAGAAAUUCAUGCUCCAAGAUCUUCUAGUCUGAAUUCAAUAAAUACUAGAAGUACUCCUGAUUAUAUUCCUGGAACUAAUAUUUUAAGACCUACAAUUAAUACUAGAUCAAAUUAUACUAGAUCUUUAGCUCAAAGAAAAUCUAGUAGUACUAGUAGUAGUAAUUCAAGUAUUAAACCAAGAUCAAAAGUUAUGGAUGUACCUCCAUUAAGUUCAUUAGAAUCAGCUUGGAGUCAAUAUCUUAAACAUCCUGAUGAAAGAAUUCUUAAAUUAGGUCCAGUAUUAGUUCAUAAAGAACAAACUGAACCAUUUGAAAGGAAAAAUAAAGGUUUAUUGGCUGAUUCUCCAUUAGGAUUUAGUAAUAAAAUUCAACCAUCAAUGGCUCCAUCUCGAGGAACAAGUUUAUUAAGUCAAGUUGUUAAAGGUUCAACUGGUGGAUUAAGAAAUAAUGAAUCAAUUAAUUCUGAUGAUAAUAUUUAUCAAUCAGCUACUGAAAGUGAUGCAAUAAUUGAUUAUUUUGAAGUUGAAGAAGUUCAUGAAAAUGACAAUACUACUACUACUAAUAAUAAUAAUAAUAAUAAAUCAGAAGGUAAUGGUAAAACUGAUAGUUUAACUUCUUCAAUUAGUCGAGGUAAUUCCAAUAAUAAUAGUAAUUCACUUAAUAAACAUCGAGGUGCAUCACUUUUAAAAAGACUUGGAUUUAGUGGUGGUCAUAAUGAUAAAAAUAAAGAUAAUUUAUCCGAUUCGAGUUCUGUGUCUGGUACAUCAACUCGUCAACAUGCAUUAGAAAAGACUCGUACUUGUACAAUGGUUAUUACUACUCAUGGUAGAGCCUUAAUAUUUUUUAGAGAUGAUAAAGAAUCUAAUUAUAGAUUAAUUUGUGAAAUUAAAUUAAAAUUCCCAUUCAUUCAUUUUAAAGAAUUAUUAACUUCUUCAAGUAAAUUUCAAAAAUUACUUCCUAGUACAGGUAUAUUUGUAAUUAUGUCAAUUAAUACUUGUUUAAUAUUUGAAGUUGAAAAAUAUGAUGUUGUUCCUUGGACAGAAUCAUUAGCUCGAUCUAAAUAUAAUCAACUUGAAAGAGAAAGAGAAGCUAUUGAAUUAACAAAAUCUUCUAGUACUAGUACUAAUACUAAUAAUACUAAUAAUAAUAUAAAUUCAAAUUCAAAUUCAAAUUCAUCACCAAAACUUCAAGAUUCUCCAUCAUUUAUUGGUACGGGAAAUACUAAUAAUAUUUCUAAAAAAUCUGAUGAUAAAAGAAGAAUUGAUGGAUUAACUCAACCUAUUGCUAAUAAUAUUAAAAGACCUAGUACUCCUACUUCACCAACAAUUCGAGCCGUAUCAGAUUCUAAAUCUCAAGGUACAAAUUUCAUGAAUUCUAAGAUUAAACUUAAAACUCCAAAGAGAAGACCUCCACCUCCAACAAGUCCAUUAAAUGGAGUUAAUAUGCAUACUGGACUUCCAUCAUCAGAAACAGAGAAUGGGACUUUACAUGCAGCUCAAUUGGCAGUAUCAAACAAUGCCAAUAAUCCAAUUACAAAUAAUAGACGGUCUAGCUUUACUAAAGAUGAUAUACAUAGAACAGCAUCUCCAACGCAACUGAUAAUUAGAACUACAAGAACUGGAGCUCAGAAACAAAUUAUUACUUCGAUGAAUUCGAAGCUUUUAGCUCGAAGUCAAAGAAAGAAAUGAGUUUAUCCAUAAAAAGAUUUUACUUAUAGUUAUAUAUAAAUAAAUAAAAUGAGAUUUGUCUUUAUAAAAUGGCUGCAAAAGUUACUUUACUGAUUGUAAUUUGUGAAGGGGAAAAAGCAGUCACAGGCUCACGUGAUCGAAGCCUUUCAAUUUACCCGCUAUAAUGUUUGUGUAAGGUAGUGUAUAUAAAAUUAAGCAUUUUUGUUAUGGAGUUAAAUGUCGCACUUUUCAUCCCUAUCCUAUAAGCUUAACUAAGUGAAAAAUGUCUCUGUCUCCCCUAAAUUAUUUACCAAAGUACACACCUUUUUUCAUAGUGUAUGUCUCCUCAAUCUGCCAAUUGUCAGUAGACCAGGAAAAAAAAAAGAAGUAUCAAU